AUGGCGCCUCUCGAGGUAAUAGUUGUUGGUGCCGGCUUCGGGGGUCUCUCUGCAGCAAUCGAGUGUCGUCUGCGUGGCAUGAAAGUCACUCUUAUUGAGCGCUACGCCGACUCAAAUACCCGCGGAGAUAUCAUCGACUUCUUUGUCAACGGGGGUCUUGUCAUCUCCAGAUGGGACGAAGGUAAAGUGGGGCAGGAGAUCUUGUCCAUCGGCUGCGAGUCUGAUGUGCUCGAGAUGUACAAGUAUGAUGGCAAGCUCCUCUACCCUGUACCGUGGUUCAUGAAAGAUGAGGAUCGAACAAGGACCUUUGCGGCUCACCGGGGCAACAACAUGGGAUUUUCAUGGUGCCAGUCGAUUACUGAGUAUAAGGAGUCCGAAGAAGACAACCGGGCUAGCGUCACUUUCGAAGAUGGAAAAACCCUUUGGGCUGACUGCAUCAUUGCAGCUGAUGGAAGCCGAUCAUUCGCGCGCAAAGCCGUCCUCGGCCUCCAAAAUGAGGGAGAGAAGAGUGGAUGGGCGAUUUUCAGGUCCUACUUCACCGCGAGCGAGAAGGCUCUGACCCAUCCCGAUCUCAAGGACUUCUUUCGCAAUGACGAAGACGUCAUUAAAGCAUGGGCCUAUGACAACCUCAGUAUUCUCGCGUAUUCUUGGAAUGGCGGGAAGGAGGUCGCCUGGGUUAUGAUGCACCCGGACAACGACGACGUCGAGGAAUCUUGGUCGCAUAGCGUGCCGAAAUCCAAAAUCGACCCCUUCAUCGCCCCCUUCGCGCCCGAGUGCAAGGCUUUGUUGGAAUGUACUCCGCCUGAAUGCUUGAUUGAUUUCAAGCUCGUCUACCGGCCUCAUAUCAAGAAGUGGACGUCUAAGAGCGGUCGCAUCAUCCUCAUCGGCGACGCCGCCCAUGCCCAUCUUCCAACCUCCGGGCAGGGUGGAUCCCAGGCCAUUGAAGACGCCGUGACGGUUGCCGCCUGCCUCGGGAAAUCUAAUGGUAACGUCCAGUUGGCUCUUGAGAUUGCCCAGAGAAUCAGGUAUCACCGGGCCAAUAAGUUUCAUGCGAACGCAAUUGUGCAUAGAGAUGCCUUGCAUAAGGUCGAUUGGGCAACUAUUGAAGCUAACCCAAAGGAGUGGGCUUUGAAGCGAUUCCCACGGGUCAGAGAUUUUGAUGCUCAGGCUGUGGUAGACGAAUGGUAUGACACAGUCAAAGAGGAUGUCCUCAGCGGAAAAGGAGGAACACUGGAAGACUUGGCAAUUCCACUAUUGCCAAAAGAAGGCGUUUACUGGUAG